GGAAAUGACCGGCCGGGCAAGAGCAAGGUCAAGAGGAAGGGCCCGUGGUCAAGAGACUGCGCCCCCUGGAGCAAGCCAGGCUAGAGAGCCUGCACCACCAGCUGCCUUGGCUUCCGAGGCUGAUCGGAGCGGUAGAGGGAGGCAGAAAGGUGCUCCGGGAGCAUAUGCCACAGAAGCUCUUUCGCAGAUCUCAGUUGGCUUUCAGCAGGUAAAGCUUGGAGAACGAGGUGGACGCCGCCGGGAUUUUCAUGAUGUUAACGUUAACACCAGGAUGGCGAUGGAACAUGUCAAAGAGUCAAAAUCUGGUACAUCUGGUUCUAUGAUUGUGUUGACAUCCAACUACUUUCGAAUCUUGUCCCGCCCCCAGUGGGUUCUGUAUCAGUACCAUGUGGACUUCCAACCACCAAUGGAGUCUCGCCGCCUGAGAACAGCACUCCUUUAUCAGCAUGACCAGUUACUAGGCAAAGCACAGAGCUUUGAUGGAGCGCUGCUUUUUCUACCCCACAGGCUGCACAGCAAGGAGACUGUGCUCCACAGUGAGACGAAGAAUGGAGAAAAGGUUCAGAUAACUGUCACCCUGACAAAUGAACUGCCACCCACAUCUCCAGUGUGCAUCCAGUUUUACAACAUCAUAUUUAGAAGGAUUUUGAGAAUCCUCAAUAUGCAGCAGAUUGGACGCAACUACUACAAUCCAAAUGAUCCACUAAACAUCCCACAGCACAGGUUGAUCAUCUGGCCUGGCUACGCCACAGCCAUCUUGCAAUACGAAUCAUCCAUCUUGCUGUCCAUUGAUGUGAGUCACAAGGUGCUGCGUAGUGAGACAGUCCUCGACUUCAUGUACAGCCUCAGACAGCAGUGUGGAAGUCAGCGUUUUUCUGAGAUCUGUGCCAAAGAGCUUAUUGGCCUCAUAGUCCUCACCAAGUACAACAACAAGACUUACAGGAUUGAUGACAUUGCAUGGGAUCAGACACCCACCAACACAUUUAAGAGAGGAGAUACAGAAAUUUCCUUCAAGAACUACUACAGAACUCAAUAUGGGCUUGACAUCACCGAUGGGAACCAGGUGCUACUGGUCAGCCAUAUUAAGAGAAUGGGUCCUGCGGGGGCUCCUCCUCCUGGCCCAGCCAUGCUUGUUCCUGAGCUGUGCUACCUUACAGGCCUGACGGAUAAAAUGAGAGGAGAUUACAGAAUCAUGAAGGACUUGGAUGAAUACACCAAACUGAACCCAGAGCAGAGGGAGGGACGCCUCAAAAGAUUUAUUUCGAACAUACAGAAGAACACUGAUGCACAGGCAGAGUUGGAUAAUUGGGGACUGGCUUUUGAUAAGCAGCUCCUGAGUCUGAAGGCCAGAGUCCUGCCAGCAGAGAAGAUUGUACAGGGAUCAAAUUCGUAUGAGUACAGUGCCUGGAAAGCUGAUUGGACCAAGGAGAUGCGGGGGUUGCCUCUGAUGCGUUCUCCUCCGCUGAACAACUGGAUGUUAUUUCACACCCGUCAUGCUGGCAACGCAGUGCAAUCGCUUUUGCAGUGCAUUGAGAGAGUCUCGGGCCCGUUUGGCGUCCGCUGUAGAAGGCCUGUGAUGAUUGAAUACAGUGAUCAAAUGGAGGCUCUCCUCAGAGCCCUGCAGCAAAAUGUGGGACCACAGACACAAAUGGUGGUAGUGGUCCUUCCCAACAAUAGGAAAGACAAGUACGACUGUGUAAAGAAGUACCUUUGUGUGGACUGCCCUGUUCCCAGCCAGUGCAUAGUGUUGCGCACCAUCAGUAACAACAAGACCAUCAUGACUGUGGCUACCAAGAUUGUGCUCCAGAUGGCUUGCAAGAUGGGAGGAGAACUGUGGAGUGUGGAAAUUCCUCUCAAACAGCUGAUGAUUGUUGGGAUAGACUGUUACCAUGACACUACAGCUGGAAGACGGUCCAUCGGCGCUUUAGUGGCCAGUCUUAAUCAGACCAUGAGCAGGUGGUACUCACAGUGUGUGCUGCAGCACAAAGGACAGGAAAUCAUGGAUGGACUGAAGGGGGCUCUGUCUGGGGCUCUGAAAACAUAUCUCAAGUUUAACAACUGCCUCCCUUCACGCAUUAUCGUGUACCGAGAUGGAGUCGGAGACGGCCAACUCCACAGUGUUGUGAACUAUGAGGUUUCUCAGAUCAUGGAGUCCAUUAAGUCUAUGGGACCGGACUACGUGCCAAAGCUGAGUGUGGUGGUUGUGAAGAAGCGCAUCAACACCAGAUUCUUCUAUCGCGGUAAUGGCAAGGUGUCCAACCCUCCCCCUGGAACAGUUGUGGACACCGAUGUCACACGUCCAGAGUGGUAUGACUUCUACAUUGUGAGCCAAGCGGUUCAAACUGGAAGUGUCAGUCCAACCCAUUACAAUGUGGUGUUUGACAUCAGUGGACUGAAGCCUGAUCACAUGCAGCGCCUCACCUACAAGAUGUGCCACCUGUACUACAACUGGCAGGGGAUCAUCAGAGUGCCUGCUCCAUGCCAGUACGCCCACAAACUGGCCUUCCUAGUGGGUCAGAGCAUCCACAGAGACCCCAGUGUGCAGCUGGGUGACUUGCUCUUCUACCUUUAAGUGACAGAUUACUGAAGGGAUUUAUACAGGUU